AAUGAAAGCAGUGUGUGAGAGUGACCAUGUUAACCGCUUUGUCCAAAAGGUCAGCUUUUCCUCAUGCCUAAUCUCCUCUAUUGAAGCACGUGUUCAACAUCCACACUCAGAUGUAUUUGAUCUAAAAAGGAUCUUAAAGCUUUGCACCAACUUGUGGAGUCCAUGCCAGCUCAAGUGCACACUGUCAUUAAAGUCACUGUCAUGUAGAAGAAGACUCUACUUUUCACUCAAAUUGUUGUCAGUAUUGUAACUUGUAAUGAAAACUGUUGUAUUACAUUAGAAAAGACUGCGAAACACAAGCAGUUUCAAACAUUCUUAACAUUCAACCAAUGUGUGUGACGUCAUAUUUGUUGGACCACCUCUGGGGAGCGGAAGGAGAAAACGCCGGUCGGUCGCGUGCGACAUACUAAGGUCGCGUUCAUCCAGCCACUAAAAUGUAUUACAAAUUCAGCGAUUUCACUCAGAGGCUGACGGGGUCUGUGUCAUCUACGGCGUACAGUCCUCAGGGUUUAAGGUCAAAUGUACCCUCUGAAGCCUCUACAUUGAUCUUUGCUACCCCAACCAAAGUGAUUUCUGAGUCUGGACCUUCUCUAGAGUACAUGGGUACCAACAGGGUUCCAGACCUCCAGAGGAUAUUUCAGUCUUCAGAUGGUGUCCCGGUGCACCUUAAGCGUGGUGUUCCCGACCGGCUCCUGUACAGGACCACCAUGGCUUUGACUGUUGGAGGUGCUCUCUACUGUUUGGUGGCACUUUACAUAGCUGCACAGCCUAAGAAUAAGUAAAGGCUACCCAGCGUGUGCAUGUCCUCACAUUGGCAUUUGUGAACUUUAAAAGAGACUGUAAUGUGUUCCUGGAUAUAUUUAUCAUCAUGUGACAAAUGGCAGUUAUGUGUGAUGAUUAUAUGAAGGACUCUAUUUCUGACCUCAUUUACCUGCUCUGCUGAUCAGUGUUCUGGUUAAUACAAAUGUUUAGCUUCUCUAACAGCAAUAAGUGUGUUGAUGAAUAACGGGAAGUUUUUAGUAUUCUUUUACACACAUUUGAAAGUGAAGGUUCUUCCUGUAGUGGAGGAUGUGAAGGUUUCUCUGCAUUUAAAUUCCAUUCACCCACAGUGGUCACGUACAGCCCAGACUAAAUCUAAGUUGCGGUUACAUGGAGGUGUCGGUGAUUGAGUCUGUAUUGAGAAUGAGAAUUUCUGAAACAUCUGACAGAUGAAAAAAUGGUUGGAAACUCCAGUGUAUCUCGCAGCUCUGUUGAUUGCUGCUGCAUUUUAAUACAACCGGUCUCACCUCUGUGAAUCACUUCAAUAUAAAUAAGAUUGUAUGUGCAGCAAAUGCAAGAGAGGUGAGUCAGGUAUAGCAAAGCACUUUCUAGUGAACUGAAAUGAUGUUCAUGUUGGCGUAACGUGCCUUUCAAUAAUAAUGUCCUUGUUAACUGAAAAUGUUCUUGUUAUUUAAAAUAAUAUUCUUAUAAACUUUAUUAUGGAUCACUGAAAA